AUGGCUGUGCAAGGUCCUAUCCCCACCUCAGAGUCUCUUCAGCUUGGUCACAACAAGGUCAAUGAAUUCUGGAUGCGCAGAUGUCGGCAAAUCCAGCGUUAUGCAACCCACUGUGAUGCUUCCGGAGAACCAAGACCAAAACGUCUCACCGAUAACCACAUUCGUCUUGCCAAAAGAGUUUCGUCCCUUGACCAGACAGGCGAAGGUGAAGAGCAGUGGCCGGAAGGUUGGCCCACGGCAACAAACAGCUGGAUAUCGUUCUUCACGGCUUUCAAAAAAGCUAGCGCCGAGUGGACAAGUGCCCUUCCUGGAACUUCUGGGGGACCAGAGCCCGACAAUUCCCAGCAACAUAAUCAACUGCAGGAGGCGGAUACAGGUGCUGACUUGGCAGACCUUGAGUGCCAGGUUCCUCCUGAGGCCGAAGCUAGUCCCGAGGCUGCUGUUGACCCCGAGCAUCCUGAAUCUUUAUUAGACUUUUCUCAAGACCCGGGACUGUCUCCUGACGCGGAGCGGCCAGUCCGGGUCGAGCCCAAGACGGUGGGCAAGGCUCAGUGCCCUAGCAAGUUCCAACACAAUGAUGCCGAGUAUCCAAAGCCCAACUCUAUGCCUGAAGAAGGCCUGGGGCACAAGGAGUCGCCUACAACCAAAUCAACCAAGCCUAUUGGCCCUAGUAUCUCGGCUGGACCCUCUGUCACUGCCGGUGAAAAGAAAGGAACGCAGCCAUCACCACGAAACCUUUCACGUCGACCCAAGCCAGAAACCGUCGAGGCACUGGCUCUCCCUUCUACCUCCUUGGCCGACCUCAAGGAACGAGCCCCCAGGGUCCUCUCUUUGGCAGAAUCUCCGCACCCAGGCUCUUCUCUAAGCCAAGGCCGUCGUUACUACUUUGACAUGCAAAGAGAGAGGGAUGGAGCAACCACUCAAGCGGAUAUCCCGGCACCAUUCUCCUUGCCAAACAUUCGUUACCGGGCGAGAUCAGCUCAGCCUGAGCCAAGCAUUGCCAGCAUUGCUUCGACUCAGGCUCAGCCUAUGCCACUCAAGUUUACACAGGCCAUGACUUCAGUACAGAAGCGUAGAAGGGAGGCGAAGGCAGCAGGACGGUCACGUUUCAUGUGA